GUUUCUUGUAUUAGAAAAAAAGGGCAGAUAGUUUUUUAAUUCCUGAUUGUGCAUCUUAAUUUGUGAAGGAAACUGCACAAGUUACCUGGAGAGGUUUUUUGGGGGGAAAAGCACAUGCUUUACAUAGUUAUAGUUUCUCAGUUUCAACAAUGGCUUCAUUUUUUUAAUUUCGUUCCUUUUGCUAUUUCUUGGAUCAUACUUAUAAGAUGUGCUUUCCAGAGGGUUCACACUUGUACAAUUUUCACUUUAUUUAUAAGUUGGAAAAACUAUAAGAAAAUCUUAAGAUGACUUUUCUACUUUGGUUGUGGAAGUGGAACGAACACCUUCAUAGUGGAAGUAUAACCAAUCUGAUUUGGGGUGGUGGGUUUUUAACAAGCGACCUAGUUUCAUGUAUGGAGGAAAAGAUCAGAAAAUGGUGACAGCUACUCGAAGUUUUGCUGUUAGGAAGCCGAAUGAAAGUAUGAGACAGAUUGUGUUACUUUUUGUUGGAGGAUUUCUGGGCUUAAUCAUUGGAUUAUCACUCCCACCACUGUCCAUAACCAAGUUGAAUCUACCAUAUGGCCUGCUUCGACUCUCUUGUGUACAGGAAAAGUAUAUAGAUAGCAGCACCUCAUCCCAAGAUCAGUUUCAAAGUGACCCAACAAAGAUUUGGGUUCCAACAAAUCCAAGAGGAGCAGAAAGGUUACCUCCUGGGAUUGUUAAAGCAGAAUCGGACUUAUUUUUGCGAAGAUUGUCUGGUAUUCCUAGUGAGGAUUUAACCUUUAUACCGAAGUAUCUCGUGACCUUCACUGUUGGGUAUGAGCAGAGAAAGAAUAUCGAUGCAGCUGUGAAAAAGUUUUCAAAGGAUUUCACAAUCCUUCUAUUUCAUUAUGAUGGCCGAACAACGGAAUGGGAUGAGUUUGAGUGGUCAAAACAGGCAAUUCAUGUCAGUGUUCCCAAACAAACCAAAUGGUGGUAUGCCAAGAGGUUUCUACAUCCAGACAUUGUGGCACCAUAUGACUAUAUUUUCAUGUGGGAUGAAGACCUAGGGGUUGAGAAUUUCAAUGCAGAAGAAUACCUAAAACUGGUGAGGAAGUAUGGCUUGGAGAUAUCACAGCCUGCAUUGGAACCUAGUAAAAGUACAAAAGGGGUGUGUUGGAAUAUGACAAGGAAAAGAGAAAAUAGUGAAGUUCACAAAGAAGCAGUGGAAGCAGGAAGGUGUAAGUACCCUCUUCUACCUCCUUGUGCAGCGUUUGUUGAGAUUAUGGCUCCAGUGUUUUCACGAAAUGCAUGGCGCUGUGUGUGGUACAUGAUUCAGAAUGAAUUUGUGCAUGGAUGGGGUCUUGAUUUUUCUUUUAGAAAAUGUGUUGAGCCUGCCCAUGAGAAAAUUGGAGUUGUUGAUGCUCAGUGGAUUGUUCACCAAGGUAUUCCCUCACUAGGAAAUCAGGGAGAAGCACAAACUUCUGGGAAACCUGCAUGGCGAGCAGUGAAGGAGAGGUGUGGCAUGGAGUGGAGAAUGUUCCAGGGCAGAUUGACUAACGCAGAAAAGGGAUAUUACAAGUCCAAGGGAAUUGAUUUUUCUAAUUUGCUCGUUCAUAAUUAGCUUGUCCUUGUUUUCGAUAUCAUUAUUUUCAUAUUUUAUUGUUUAAUUCGUAAGCAAAUAUCUUUGGAUAAGUUUAUUCCAUAAACAGUAUAAAAUUAAGAUAAGCGAAGGAUUCAAUUGAAAUAAUAGAAUAAAUCAUUUUUACACCAUGAACUAUUCAUUGUGAAAAAGUACAAGGAAUUUGGAUUCUUAUAAGUAUAGCAGAAGGACUGCAUGAAAAACGUCAGAGAAUCUGGCCUCCUAAGUGAAGAACAACACACUUUGAUCAAUUUUAAACUGGACAACAAACCACAUGAGAAUUUCUUGAAUUUUUCUGCUACCAGUAUGUUCUGUGAAAUAAACAAAACAUCUGGAGGGUGAUAAUGGUAGUCCAAUCAAUGAAAAAAUUAACCCAGAUAAGAGAAAACAUUAAGACCAAACAUGUGAUCAGAUUUUUCUGACAGAACUGCAAAAGGGACAUACACAUAUUCGGUUGAAACAUACCAAACUCGAUAAACUGAUUAAUUUCUAUGCGCUGCGAAUAUAUACAUUGCUGAACUGAAAGUUUCAAAUACAUCCUCAUUAUGCAGAAGAACCUAUCAUUCCAGGAAUUUACUCAGAACACAAAUUUUCUGUAACGUAUACCAUUGCUUUCCGUUUGCAUUAACAGACUGCAAUUGGAGAAAAUCUGUAGCCAACAACCCAUUAUAGCUUCAAGAAAGUUUGUAUUAA